GCCAAAGUCAUCGAGGGUCGACAGUAUAUUUCCCCACGAGCUCCCCUGUUCUUUUCACCACCCGUCUCUCACGACUUCGACGACCUGCCCUGCUAUAUCCUGUAUAUGGCGAUCGCGAGAACCUGGCCCUGAACCCCCCGUCUCCCGCCCGCCAGGCCUUUUUCGCGACGGCUGUGCCAAGAACCCCAAAAUGCACCGUCUCCCCUUGACCCGGCCCCACAUCCGUGCCAGGUCUCCAAUCGCAGCGAUCUCUGCAACUGAUGACGACGAUGCGAUGUCGGAUUGCAGUUGCAGCGAGGAAUCGGGCUCAGUACGGAAACCGCUGCAUACAUUUGAAAUCAGCUCCCCUAUUUCCCUUUCAAUUGAAGAUGAUUCUUCCUCUUGCCCAGGAAAAGCAUCGAGAAAACGUUGGUGGGAUCCAAUGGUACUGCGAUCGCGACGGGCACCAGGCGUGGACGAGUUGGUGGAAGAGAGUGAUGGCCUGUUGACAGGCGUAUAUACGAGGAAGCGGGCCAAUCCAAGGAGGUCGUGUUACAACUAUUGUAUAUUCGGGGGAAUCAGCGGUUUGACUGUGUUAGCCUUCCUGCUCCUCAUCAACCUGGCACUCGGUGUCGCGACCCUCAUAUGGUCCUCCGACACCGAUACAGUUUUCAAGAAUUGGGGCAAGCCAGGAACAGGAACUGAAGGACUCGCCUGGUACCCAACAGACUUCCUGAGAGACGUAACGCCUAUACCCUGCCACUCGCAUAACGAUUAUUGGCGUCGAGUGCCUCUCUUCGAUGCAUUGCGAGCAGGGUGUACUGGCAUUGAAGCAGACGUCUGGUUAUUCGACGAUGAUCUAUACGUGGGUCAUAAUACUGCGAGCCUGACCAGAAAUCGGACAUUCACUUCCCUCUACAUCGACCCUCUCGUCAAGAUCCUCGAACACCAAAACCCCGACACGGAAUUCUACAAUGGAACGGACCACGGCGUGUUCGAUACUGAUUCCGGAAAAUCUGUGACUUUGCUCGUCGAUCUAAAAACUGAAGGUGCGGCGACAUGGCCGUUCGUCCUAAAACAAUUGGAACCUCUCCGUGAGCGAGGCUGGCUCUCAUACGUCGAGAAUAACACUCUCCAUAGCAGACCCAUCACCGUGGUCGGAACAGGGAAUACACCGUUCAAUCUAUUAACACAGAACCAGACAUAUCGCGAUGCGUUCUUCGAUGCGCCUCUCGACACAAUGUGGGAAGCUCGGAAUAUAACACCAGAAAUGUCAACAUGGCCCCCUUUCGAUGAUUCUCUCCCCGGGGAAAGAUUGGACGAGGAUGAAGGCAGUGCCGAAGAAAACAUGUCCACCCCUACCUUGAAUUCCACCGCGGACGCGGGCCAAGGAAUGUCCGGCGUACUCCCCACCGACGAAUUCAACCAGCUCAAUUCGUAUUAUGCCUCCGUCUCCUUCGGCAAAGCAGUGGGACGAAUGUGGCGCGGGCGCCUCUCACCUCGACAGAUGAAGAUAAUACGAGGUCAGAUUCGCGGUGCACAUAGAAGAGGUUUGAAGGCUAGAUAUUGGGAUUUACCGUCGUGGCCGAUAGGAUUGAGAAAUCACGUCUGGGAUGUUCUCGUCCGGGAGGGGGUGGAUAUGUUGAAUGUUGAUGAUUUAAGAGGAGCCUCACAACAGGUUUGGUAGCCAUGAGAGAUUUAUACCUGGCGGAGUUUACAGGUGCAUUAAAGGCGUUUAGACAUACCAUUGUAUAGUGGAUAUUAUGGAAACGG